AUGGUCCGCCUCAGGACCUCAACGCCCCCUUUAUCCUCAGACGCUUUUCGGCUCUUACGCAAAACGGUCAUGCCGUCAGAUAGUUCAACUUCGUCAUCUUCGGAAAGUGAUUCUUCAGCCUCUCGCCGUUCUCGUCGUUCAAGACGGGAGCGUCGUCCAGCCCAAGAUCGGCCGGAUCGUUCUCGCAGCCCACGUCGCGGAUCUCGAGCUCCAGACGAGGCAGAACAGGAGAGGUUGGAGCGUGAACGGAGGGAACGGUCUAGAGAAAGGUUGGAGCGAAUCGUGGAAGAAGAUCGUUUAAGGAGAGAGCAGUCAGAAGAACGGCGAGCUCAACAAAAUCAGCCAAGAGAUGGACAACCGGCAGAUGGGCAGCAGCCAGGAGAUGAGCAGCCAGGAGAUAGGCAGCCAGUUCAGCCGCCGGGUCAAGAAUCGAAGCAGUUCAAAUUCACGGUGGCCAGGAAGAGAAUGAAGGUCUUCAGGAACUGGAUGACAACCUCUUUAAGCGCGCCGGAAGCCAGAAAUCUUCGUGAUAGUUUCAUUCCGAGUUUCCCUAACUCUGGUUUUGAUUUAGUUUGUCCCCAGGUAGACUCUUCUUUUUCUCGCCGCUUCAAAGACAUUAAAACUCCAGAGAUGUCCAAGGCGGAGGCUACGGAAAGGUCCCUGAAAGCUGAACAGUACAAAAUUUUGGAUGUAGCGCGUCCGCUUUUAUUCCUGAGAGAAAAAAUUGCGGAAUCCGCAGAUUUGAGAGAUUCUCCAUUGGCAGAAGCAGCAGAUACGGCCCUGCGUCUCUGGGGCCACACGUUUCACAAUGUGACUACCAGCCAACGGGAAAAUUUGCUGAAAGUUUCGGAUCCGAAAUUUCUCUCCUUGUUGAAGGAGCCCCACCGUUUCAAGCCGCGGGAGUGCGCUUCGCUUUUUGGUCGACACUUCAUCAAGAACAUGGUGAAGGAGGCAACAGACGACCAAACUCUUAGAAGCAUUAGUAGCAGCCAUAGCUCGUCAUCAAGGCCUAGAGCGGGCAGCAGCGGUUAUCGUGGCACCUCAUCAAGAUCUCAUCGUGGAGGAAAUUUCGGUCAAGGAGGCUAUAGCAACGGCUAUAACGGCGGCUCAUCCGGCACCUUUAACAGGAGCAGAGGAAACCACUCAAUCAGAUCUGCAAUCCAGAUGGAAACGGGAGUCCAGCGACUGGAAGCUCAAGACGUCCAUCUUUUCCCAGCUGUCGGAACUGUGGGCACCGGAAGUGGAUUUAUUUGCAUCCCAUUGGAACCGGCAAGUGGCGCGGUUUAUGAGCUGGAAACCCCAGCCGGAAUCGGUGGCGUUGGACGCUUUCACUCAGAAUUGGAAGAAUCUGAAAGGAUACGCGUUUCCCCCGUUCAAUCUGAUCCACCGAUGCUUGAUCAAGAUCAGGAGGGACAGAGCGGACGUGCUGAUGGUAACCCCAGUGUGGCCGUCUCAGCCGUGGUGGCCAACGAUUUUGGAGCUGUCCUGUCGGCCGGCCCGCAUUUUGAUACCGAGCGAGGACCUGUUGCUGGACGCGACGGGCACCAGCCACCCACUCCUAGUGCGAGGGUCCCUCCUGUUGGCCGCAUGGAUCUUAUCAGGCGACGAUAUGAAAACCGAGGCCUUUCGGAGGGAGUGGUGCAAUUACUCCUGGCCAGCAAUCGCGAAACCACAUCAGCUACUUACAAAAGUGCCUGGAACGUUUGGUUCCAUUGGUGCUCUAAGAGGAGUGAAAAUCCCUUGUCUCCUACUCUAAAUUUGAUUUUGAAAUUUUUAUCGGAUCUUUUCGAAGAAGGUAAAGCGUACAGGUCAAUAAAUGUGUAUCGGUCAAUGUUGUCCGGUACGCUGGAAAAGAUAGAGGGCUGGGAUGUAGGUAAACACCCUCUGGUUGUCAAACUGAUGCAAGGAAUUUUUAAUUCUUCCCCUCCCAAACCAAAGUAUACUGGGUUUUGGAGCACAGAUACAGUUUUGGAUUAUAUCGAGUCGCUAGGCCCCGAUAGCGGGUUGAGCCUAGCAGUUUUAUCUAAGAAAUUAGUAAUUUUGUUGGCUCUCACUUCCUUGUUUAGAGUUUCGGAGAUUGCAUCUAUUGAUUUUUCGUCUAUGGUUUUCUCAGGGCCGGCAGUGAAGUUCGCCUUGUCAAAGCUCAGAAAGUCGCAGACACCUAGCUCAGCAGGAGCGAUCUUCUCCUUAAAAAAGCUCACGGUUUUGUCAAACGUCUGUCCAGUCUCGUGUCUUGAUUAUUAUUGUAAAGAAACACGCAAGUUCAGGAAUGAUUCUAACUCUAAUCUUAUGUUAAGCAUUAAAUCCCCCCCACGCCCCGAUCGGCGCUUCAACGGUGGCCAGAUGGAUCAAAGAUUUUCUGGGCGACGCAGGAAUUGA